GGCUCAGAUUUGCAGAGACUCAGUCAGGGAGAUGUUUGGGUUGCCUGGAGUCCUGCUUGCAUUUUCUGAUACCAGCUCCAUGGGAAAGUGAACUGGGGCAACUGACCAGAUCAAGACUCCUGUGCUGGCUUCUUCUGAAGCUUCCCGCCUCAUCCUCUAGGAGGAAGAUCUGCCUGCACUGCAAGUGUCCCCAGGAGGAGCACAUGGUAACAGUGAUGCCACUGGAGAUGGAGAAGACCAUCAGCAAGCUCAUGUUUGACUUCCAGAGGAACUCGACCUCUGAUGAUGACUCGGGCUGUGCUUUGGAAGAGUACGCCUGGGUCCCGCCGGGGCUGAAGCCUGAGCAGGUGCACCAGUACUACAGCUGCCUCCCAGAAGAGAAAGUCCCCUAUGUCAACAGUCCCGGAGAGAAACUGCGAAUCAAGCAGCUCUUGCACCAGCUGCCGCCCCACGACAAUGAGGUCCGAUACUGCAACUCCCUGGAUGAGGAGGAGAAGAGGGAGCUGAAGCUGUUCAGCAACCAGAGGAAACGGGAGAACUUGGGCAGAGGCAACGUCAGGCCCUUCCCUGUCACCAUGACAGGAGCGAUUUGUGAACAGUGUGGAGGGCAGAUCAAGGGCGGGGACAUCGCUGUGUUUGCCUCACGUGCUGGCCAUGGCAUCUGCUGGCACCCGCCCUGCUUCAUCUGCACCGUCUGCAAUGAGCUUUUGGUUGACCUGAUCUACUUUUAUCAAGACGGGAAGAUCUACUGUGGUAGGCACCAUGCUGAGUGCCUGAAGCCGCGCUGUGCAGCCUGUGACGAGAUCAUCUUUGCAGAUGAGUGCACAGAAGCGGAGGGUCGACACUGGCAUAUGCGACACUUCUGCUGCUUUGAGUGUGAGACAGUGCUGGGCGGCCAGCGCUACAUUAUGAAGGAGGGAAGACCCUACUGCUGCCACUGCUUUGAGUCCCUGUAUGCAGAAUACUGUGAUACCUGCGCCCAGCAUAUAGGAAUUGACCAAGGUCAAAUGACCUAUGAUGGCCAACACUGGCAUGCCACAGAGACCUGUUUCUGCUGCGCUCAUUGUAAGAAGUCCCUGCUGGGGCGACCAUUCCUCCCAAAGCAAGGCCAGAUAUUCUGCUCACGGGCCUGCAGUGCUGGGGAAGACCCCAACGGCUCUGACUCGUCUGAUUCAGCCUUCCAGAAUGCCAGAGCCAAGGAGUCUCGCCGCAGUGCCAAAAUUGGCAAGAACAAGGGCAAGACAGACGAGGCCAUGCUGAGCCAGCACAGCCAGCUGCAGGUGAGUUCUAACCGGCUCUCAGCUGAUGUGGACCCACUGUCAGUGCAGAUGGAUCUCCUCAGCCUGUCCAGCCAGACGCCCAGCCUCAACCGGGACCCUAUUUGGAGGAGCCGGGAUGAGCCCUUCCAUUAUGGGAAUAAGAUGGAGCAGAACCAAUCCCAGAGUCCUUUACAGCUCCUCAGCCAGUGCAACAUCAGAACUUCCUAUAGUCCAGGAGGGCAGGGAGCAGGAGCUCAGCCUGACAUGUGGGCCAAGCACUUCAGCAACCCCAAGAGAAGCUCGUCAAUGGCCAUGAAGGGGCAUGGAGGCAGCUUUAUCAAGGAAUGCCGUGAGGACUAUUACCCAGGGAGGCUGAUGUCCCAGGAGAGCUACAGCGAUAUGUCCAGCCAAAGCUUUAGUGAAACCCGAGGCAGCAUCCCAGUUCCCAAGUAUGAAGAGGAGGAGGAGGAGGAGGAAGAAGGUGGCAUAUCUACUCAGCAGUGCCGGCCCCGUCGUCCACUCAGUUCCCUGAAAUACACAGAGGACAUGACCCCCACAGAACAGACUCCUCGUGGCUCUAUGGAAUCACUGGCCCUGUCAAAUGCAACAGGCUUGUCUGCUGAAGGUGGUGCCAAGCGCCAGGAGCACCUAUCCCGGUUUUCCAUGCCUGACCUCAGCAAAGACUCUGGAAUGAAUGUCUCGGAGAAGCUGAGCAACAUGGGCACUCUGAACUCCUCCAUGCAAUUCAGGAGUGCAGAGUCUGUCCGCAGCCUGCUGUCUGCACAACAGUACCAGGAGAUGGAGGGAAACCUUCACCAGCUCGGCAACCCCCUGGGGUACAGGGACCUGCAGUCCCAUGGAAGGAUGCACCAGAGCUUUGAUUUCGAUGGUGGCAUAGCGAGCAGCAAGCUGCCAGGCCAGGAGGCCGUGCGCAUCCAGCCUAUGAGCGAGCGCACCCGGAGGAGAACUACUUCCAGGGAUGACAACCGCCGCUUCCGCCCUCACAGGUCCAGAAGGUCCCGACGCUCGCGCUCAGACAACGCCCUGCACCUAGCCAGCGAGCGGGAGGUCAUCGCUCGGUUGAAGGAAAGGCCCCCUCUGAGAGCCAGGGAGGACUAUGACCAGUUCAUGCGUCAACGGAGCUUCCAGGAGAGCCUGGGGCAGGGAUCCCGGCGGGAUCUGUACAGCCAGUGUCCCAGGACUGUGUCAGACCUGGCUUUGCAGAAUGCCUUUGGGGAACGAUGGGGACCCUACUUCACGGAGUAUGAUUGGUGCUCCACCUGCUCCUCCUCUUCAGAGUCUGACAACGAGGGUUACUUCCUAGGAGAGCCCAUCCCCCAGCCGGCCCGCCUCCGAUACGUCACAAGUGAUGAGCUCCUGCACAAGUACAGCUCGUACGGUGUCCCCAAAUCCUCCACCUUAAGCGGUAGAGGACAGUUGCACAGCAGGAAAAGACAAAAGAGCAAAAACUGUAUCAUUUCAUAAUGUGAUUGUGGUCAGGGAACAGGGGAAGAUGGGAGCUAAGAAUGUAAACUCAGAAACGUGCACUGUCGAAUUCUCAAGUGCUCUUGGGGAUGGUUUGUGGGGGAGAGAUGGAGAGUGCUCUCAGUAGAGGGAGGCAAGCCUGCAGGUUGACUUGGUAGAUACACUCGGUGUCACAGUUUGGGGCAUGUUAAAUAUGAUUUGCACAUUUCACUUUGAAAACACAGGCUGUGGAGGCCAGGGUAGGCCAUGUCCUUCCAAGGUAGAGUGGCCAUUUACCAGAUGACACGUUGUAACCUGCUCACUUAUAUUCUUUCUGGUUCUCUUCCUUUUAGGACCCCUUUUCCAGUAAAUACUUUAUUAGCCAGGACCCCAGACUAAGUUAUUUACAUGUCCAUUGUAAAUGCAAUGUAAAUGAGAGUUCUGAUAAAAUAUUUUUGUAUUUUGUAAUAACAACAGAAUUUCUAUAUCGUAGGAUUCAGUGGGGACUUGCAUGCAUGUCCACCAUCAUUGAGUGGUAGUAAACGGUGGCCCAGGACCACCUGUUUUUGUUGUUUGUUUUGGGUUGUUUUUUUUUUUUCCCUUUCUCUACAAAUCUGUUACAUGUCAGUGAGACUAUUUUCAAAGGAGUAUAUUCAAUUUGGCUUUUUGUGGCUGAAAAAGAAAAAUUUUAACUAUUCUACCCAAAGCGUUUUUUAUGCUCUGUUCCACCUAAAGGAGCCAUUUUUAAGUCCGCUCCCGCCCUCAGUAGAAUUUAUCCUCUACAAAGUAAGUAGGUUGUUUUUGUUUUUGCUUUUGUUUUUUUAAUUGCAAAUGUCGCUUUUGCUGAUUAGCGGUAACAACCAGUGUCAGCCCAGUUCUGUGAAAAAUGCCACCCUUGUCUGGAACCUUGAAGUUGCUUAAUGUCGAUCUGUCCCUUGGGGGGAUUCAAAGUGACUGUGAGUGGUGCCGAGGUGUGCUGUCAGCAUGGCGUUGUCUUGAAUGUGGAAUUGUUUGGUGCUCAUGUUUCCUGGAUUGUAUUUUCUGCUUUCUUCUUCCAAGGCAGACAGAGCCGCUGCCUUAGCCUGACAACUGUUUGUCCUCAUAGCAAAAUGAGCGUUUAGCACUGAAGGACAGAAAGAGGUUGGGGAGGGGGGACCUCUGGGUGCAGUGAUGUGGCACCUGUGUUUCACAUGGGUAGAGAACAAGGAAAGAUAGAAACAAAACUCUGGCAGUCAUUGAAAGGGGGUGGGGGAAUAUGCCGGGAAGUCAGGGAGAAAGAACAUAGAGAGAGAGAAGAGAGGUGACAGCCACCUCGACUGGUCCGCAGUGCUUUAGAGAGAGUCCAGUUUGACAAGCUUUGUCGCCACAGGGGCUGGCUUCUUAACCCAGGAGGGUCAAGCUGCUGAGAUGGUAGGGUGACAACAUGGAAAAACAGACCUUGUGGCAAAAGAGAUUUACAUUUUGAACCUUGAGGACCCGUUGGUCAGACAGAAAGGCUCAAGAGUGAGUUUGCUUAAAGAAGACAUUUCACAGCGAGUGAAAUAUGAAGCGCUUGCUCUUGGUCCAUUCUCUUCCUCUCCUCAGUGGAUCAUGGCGCAAAAAAAAAAAAAAAAAGAAAAUCCAUCAGAGGACCCACUUUUGUGAGAGGUACUGUCCCUGUAAUGCACAGUGUGUCUCAGUGGCCAUUUGCCACAAUAAGGCGAGCAUGGUCUCCUUACAGUAUAGUACUUAACAUUUUCUAGGGGUUUGUUUUUUUUGUGUGUUUCUUCGAUGGAGAGAAUGUGAAAAGUGGCUUUUCAGACACCAUCCUAAAUGUGUCUGGGGAAAGGAAGACUAUAAAGGAUGUGAUGAUGACACUCUAUUCAGGAUGUAUUAAAAUGAUUUGCUUUUUAGGUAUUAAUAUGACAUUUGUCAUUGUCACUGAUUUAAAAAACAAACAAUGCAAAUGUUGAUUGUGGCUGUUUUCCGCAUGCUAUCUUCAUAUCUAAAUGUUUCAUUAAUUAUCCAAGCCUCUGGAGAAUUAACUCUAUUACGUUUGUAUAGUAAGUUAAUAAACUGCUUGGCAAACUGUUUAAGAGAUAAAUAAUGCAGCACCGUGCCACUAUAGUGGCAGGUUUCUGGUAGACAUUGGGUGAGUCCAAUUUGGAGCUUUGAGUUUGUUGAUUGAUGAGAAUUAUUGGCAUUAUUGGGAAAAAGAAAAGAGAGAGAAAGUAGACCACUUAGCAAAUGGUGGAAACCAUGUGUCCUCUCUGGCCCCAAAUCCAGUGAAAGAAAUUCUCCUGUUGCAACUUGUUUUCUUACUCUGUCCUCAGCGGAGUACCUCUUACAUUUCCCAGAUAUGGUUUGAACAACCCUCAGCCCAAAGAAGCAGCAGUGUAGAAACUGCUUAAUGUUUCUAGCUGUCCAAAGAGCAUUCAAGAUCCUUCUGACCAAAACUUAACAUAUAAUGAGGUAUAGGCUUCUGGGUAAAACUGUCCCGCAUCAAGAUCACCUCUUCCUGUUUAACCGCCAGAGAUUUCUUCCUGUUCUACAGGCGGCCAGGUGCCCUGGCAAGAAUAUCUUUUGAGGAAGGCCAGUUCCUCAAAAUGGUAGGAAGUCCUUCAAGUGACUGCUCAGGAAUGAGCAGCAUGUCACUGGACUAGAAUUUCACUACCUUGAAGUAAUAACUACUAGAUAACACCCAGAAUCCCAUUCUCAAAAUUCCAGUGCAUUCUUUUCUGAGGUGAGAGUUUAAGGUCCUCCCUGACCUCUUCCAUUGUACCCCUCACCUCUAUUGGCCAAGUUUCCCUGGCGAGUGGGGCCUAUACUCAGUUCCCUUGGAUUGUUGUUUUAUCUUCUGUAGACUGGUUUUCAGAAGAACCAUCUUUCCCCACUUUUCUCCUCUCUGAUGAUUUGAUUGACAUUUUUUUCCCAUCUCUUCUAUUAUUGGACUGACUUUUGCUUAGAACUACAGCUCUGCAGUUAUUCAUCUCAUACUGCUGCCAGAUCCAGCACCAGCUAAGCCAGCUCUCUUUCUCCAGUCCAAGGAGUGCAAAAGCCAUUGAAAGUUUCCUUAGAGGUCUUGCUAGUGCACCUCACCUUUGGUACUGUGAAAAAGGGUCCAUGCUGACCCGGUAGCUUUGAGUGUGGCAUUCAGAGGCCCGCCCUCCUGUCCUGUAUAGUCCCAGAUUCUCUACCAUGCGUGAAGGUGAAUGAGGUGAGGAAAAUCAGGCCUCAUUUCCUGUUUUUAAACAUGCGUAAAGGAGAAUUGCUGGUGUUGGUUGUUUGAAACCCUCUUUCCACAUUCUGUAAUCCUUCAUUAACUGUCCAAGCAGCUGCAUGAACAGUUUUGGAUUUUUCUCAUUGGAGAAUCACAAUCUCUUUCCUAUAGAAUGCUCUUCCUACAGAGACGUAGCAAGAUGGCCUUCUCUGCUCCUUUUCUGGAAGUCUCUGCUUCUUAUGACCUAUUAGCCACUUUGCAUUCAGGCGGGACCAGUGGUGGCAAGAAUGUCACAGUUGCUGUGCUCUCCCUGCCAUUUUAGUGGGUGAUAGCAAUGGACUACUGCAGACUUUCCAAGGAAAGUGGGCUCCCGUCCAGGCAUCUUUACAAAACUCCAGCAACAGGGCUAGGUGACCAGAGCUGGUCUUCUCCGUCUUAGAACAAAUCUCAUUCAUGAGCUGGUUCUUAACCUGGGUCCCUGAGAAGGAAGCAGUUCCCCAGCCGUUUAGGAAGCAUCAAUCAGGAAGAAUUGGGAGACUUCAUUUCCUCUCCCUUCCACAUUGUGGAAGCUGACCUCUUAGGCCAAACAAGGCUUUCUCUGGCCUACUUUUUCAUGCUCAGGGUCUUUACCAGUUAUGUGGGCAGCUCCUGCUCACUCUGAAGAGGUCAGAUAAGAGUCUCUCUGCUUUCUCAUUCACCUUAUAGGGACGCAGGACACUUAAAUUCCAAACAGGAGUGUUCUUGCCUACUCCUAACAGAGACCAGAUGCUGUGCUUCACAAAGAUCCACCUAUGAGCAAGGAAAGUGGAAAACUGAACCAGUGGCCUGAAUGUCACAUGCAAGCAGAGUUAUUACUGGCACCUAUGUGGCAUCUUCAAGCUCUGCAGAUUAAGUUCUGCAAACUUCCACUAGUGAUCUUCAGGCAGUUGCAAAGCACAUUUCUUUGAGCAUAAGGGAAACAGGAAUGAAACCUUUGCCUUCUCCUCAGUGGUUUGCCCCAGAGUAUGUCUGUAUGACCAUCCAGAAGCUGUGGAGAUCAGGAUGGAGGAAGGAUUGGUUUCUUUUUCUGUUUUCUCCUAUUAGGAGCCCAAUCAGCACAAGGUCCCCUAUAGAGCAUGACUAUUGGAAGCUAAUGCUGUUAUAUAAAUGCAUUCCCCUCUUCCAGGACCAGCCUCCCUUGGAGGAAUCAAAAAGGAGGCUGGAAAGGUCAUGUGCUAUUAGCAGACAUUUCUGUGGUUCAAAUGUGAUGAACUCACAAGAUAGAUGUCUAGUCUAACUUGAGCAUUUUCUAAGAAAACCUUCGUGGUCUGGGCAUUUAGCCAUGCUCGUUCAACAGGUCACCUAUCAAACGUUUCUAAAUUUUGGGAGGUUACCAACAAGGUUGCCAAUAAGACCUUCUCUUGAGUUUAUCAAGUUGGUUUCCAUAGUUUUCAAUAAAGUAUUCUGGUUUAAUCCUGACCCCGAGUUAACAAAGUAAGACCCAUGACUCUUCUGUAUUCUUCAGCAAAGUAGGCCAGCAUUUAUUCUCCUAAAGUUCCUUCCUGCACAGAGUUUCUUUGCCCGGAUCCUAUUUAAUUCCAUAUGCAUAAACAAAACCUCAGAGGGCCCGAGAAGGUGAAGCAGGCUGGAGUCUGUGUUAUCUGUCAAGUGUCAAGCUGUUCGUUAGGAAGGCCUGUCACGGGCCUUUGGCGUGGGCUCUGCCAGAGACUGUUCUGAACACUUUGCUUGAGAUCCGUGCCCUGUAAAGUGAAUAUGAUGUUUUACUGAUUCUGUAAUACAUUUGUAAACUUCCAAUAAAAUUUGAAUAA